CGCGCUCCGGAGUUCUUCUGCACGCGCAGCUGUCAUGACGGGAAGAUGAGCGACACCGUGAUCGCGGAGGGAGCCGUUAAGAUCAGAGACGGCAAAAAAUGGAGGAGCCGCUGGCUGCUCGCGCGCAAACCCUCUCCGGUCGCAGAUUGUCUGGUGCUGUACGUGUGUAAGGAGCGUGGUGUGAAGGAGAGGAGCAUGACGCUGGAGCACAUCUGUGGUCUGGAGGCGUGUGUCGGCGGCGACGGCGUUCCCUUCAUCCUCUCCAUCCUGUGUCUCAAUCAGACCGCUGUGCUCGGCUUCGACAGCAGGGAGGCGCUGCAGAGCUGGGACCUGCGGCUGCGCUACUGCCUCGGGGAAGUCCACAGUUUCAGCGUGUCUGUGCUGCCCGGCACUAAACUGGAAAGCGGCCCGGCGACUCUGCAUUUGUGCAACAAUGUCCUGGUCAUCGCUAAAGACCAGCCGGCCGUCAUCAUCGGGCACUGGAAUCUGCUGGACCUGCGGCGAUACGGACCGGUCAACAACGGGUUCGUGUUUGAGGGAGGAACACGCUGCGGUUAUUGGGCCGGCGUGUUCUUCUUGUCCUGUGCCGAGGCCGAGCAGAUCAGUUUUCUCUUCGACUGUAUUGUUCGUGGAAUUUCCCCGUCCAGAGGCCCGUUUGGACUGAAGCCACUGCUGCCAGAGCCCAGCAUCAGUGCAGAUUCAGUGCAGGACAAACUGAAUCAUGAGGCGGAGGAGCUGGAGCGGAGGCUCAGUCUGCUGUCCCACAGCACAGCUUCCAGCUCACACUCCAGCUUUUCGCUUGCGGGUGAUGACCGCAGCAUAUCUGGUUCCUCUGACACCUCGGACACGAGCCAAUCAGAUUGCAGCAUCAGUGGUCACCCCGCGCUGUGGAGCGAUCCGGUUCUGUCCGGCUCUGGCGAAACAUCUCACCCACAAACAUCGAGGAUGGGAUCUCAGGUGGAAGAGAAGCUCCAGGUCCAGACAGAUCCGGUUUGCUCACGGAAACUUAAAGAGUCUGGUCGACAGAACUCGUCUGACAGCGGCAUCGCAACCGGCAGCCACUCAUCUUAUACAGGAAGCUUCUCGUCCUACAGCCAAAGUCUGGAUGCUGCCAGUCCGGGAGAGGAAUACAGGGCACCUGCCAUCCCAGAGAAACACCUGUGCUCAUGCUCAACCUGUCCCAUCCACGAAUACCAGGUUCCCUCGUCCCUGCGGUUCAUGUACGACUCUCCCCGCAGCCUGUUAGAGGUCAACAGACACAGCAGCACAUCUCAAGACAAAACCAGACUCAUAGGGCCCUGUUCAGAAUCUCCCAGCCAAUUGGAUUCAGAGAUUGAUAAAGGGGAGGAGUCACAGACAAGGGAGGGCUUAAUAAAAGUGGAGGAGUCUCAGGGAUUUUCUUGUAGUAAAAGCUGCUUUGAUCGGACGAUCUGUUCAGUUCCUCCUGCUAGGAUGAAAUCACUCUUCACCAGCUGCCCCGUCUCCGGAGGACUCGAGGGCACAUUUCCACUGCAUCCUGGAGGGAAUUCACUGCCAGCUGUGCCAGGUGAGAUUCAUACUGCCAAUACAUCUGUGUACAACCUCAGACUUCACUCAGUCUGCAUGACCCAUAAUGCAAUGCUAACAAGAAGAAAAGUACACUGUGACUUUAGCACACUUUUAAAAAGAGAACUUAUGGAAAAAAUAGACUUAAGUGUGAACCGAAUGCAAUGUUUGCGAACACUCAUAUUUAUUGCAAUUAAAUUAAAAUAUGUUAUGUUUUAA